AUGCCAAAAAGUGUUUCUACUUUCAUUCGGUUUUUUGUGCUCUUACUCGGUUUCUCCACUAUUUGUCUGGGUGCCCUUUGCAUUUCCACAAGUUCCUCCACGUACACUUGUGGAAAUAACGAGCUGGUGUUUUACUGUCUAUUUGCUGUGGGUUUUUUUCUCCUUGUGACUGGCAUUUUCUGGAGCAUUUUCCAUGAAGUCUUGAAAUACAGGGGCCUCAGCAGCAUCUUCAUUCAAAAUCCCAGCCACAGAGAGCGACAUGUCAGCACCAUAGACAGGCCUGACUUCUAUCCCCCCUCCUAUGAAGACAGCACAGAUCCUGAAAACCAGACCUACCCACUGCCGGUUUCCUCCACAGUGAAACAGCAAGAAGCCAUCAAUUUCCCUCCACCUCCGUAUAGCAAAAGCAGCACAGAGUUCAUGAGUGAAACUAAUGAGCAGGAACAGCCACCACCGUAUGAACUACCUGUGCAGCAGCCACGGCGACAGCAAACUGCUGACCAAGACUCAAACCCUGGAUUGGAGUCAAAUUCUCAUCCAUCCACACAAGAAAACAGUUACCAACAGGAUACAGACUGCCAGCAGACCUCAGAAAGAGCAACAUCUGUCAUAACUGGGGAGACCUUAUAG